GAAGGAAAUUCGAUUCGGAUGUUUCAGGACGAGGUCCGGAAGCAGAUGUUCGAGCUGCGAGGUGAGAUAGAUCCGAUGCGGUUGGUGGUUCAGGAGCAGUUGGACAAGCAGGCCAAGUUGGACUACGAGUUGAAGGGAGUGCUGAACACUGUGAACGAAACGGAAGACGUCAGCGAGAAGAUACAGAAGUCGUUGGAGAAGUAUCGGAGGGAAACUUACUACACGAAGCAGAGCUUGGAUGAUUUGCAGGUGCAUCUGCAGCACCAGGAGAAGCUGGUGGUGAUUCAGAAUACAGAGGGGCAUCUCAUCUGGCGGAUUGAUCAGUUUGAAAAGCGAUUCGAGGAGUCGCAGCAGAGCGAGUUUAUGCUGAAAAGUCCGUUGUUUAGCAAUCGACAGUUCGGGUACACUCUGAGGAUGGAAGCGAGUCUCAACGGGAUUGGAACGUGGCGGGGUCGCAACAUGAUCGUCGGGUUGGUCGUGGUCAACGGGUUCUACGACAAUCUGCUGGAGUGGCCGUGCGUUCUGAGUGGGACCAUAACGCUGCGGGAUCAGCCGGAGGUCCGCACCAAGCCUAGGGUGGACUACCGGCGAUCAAUUGUAGCUCGACGAAAGCACCAGAGCAACGACAAGAAUCAGAACAUCCACAUUCCGCAUCAGGUGCUGAGGUCCGAGCACUACAUCCGGGACGACGCCAUUUUCCUGGAGGUUCGGAUCGAUCAAUAGUAGGCCAUGCUUUUUUUGCAUGGGAUCUUUUUGUUUUUAUUUAUGUUCAUAAGUAAAGAGUGUUUGUGAGUUUGUUGAAUUUAGUGUGUAUGUGUAAAUUUGUGUAUGUAUUUUAAAAUUUGGAAUACUUUAACUUGCAAGUUAGAUGUUUUUGUUCUAAAUUUUAAGAGCAAUAGUUUGAUCCUUGUUCGAUAGAUUGUAGGUGGAUUGAUUCUCUAUAUUGGAGAUAGUAGCUGCAUCUUGUGUCACUUGGUGUUUACAUUCAUAUUAAGGUUGUAGAUUUGUCAUAGAGAAAAUAAAGCUUUAGAGUUGUAUAUAAGUGUGGUUAUCGCAAACUUACCUUGGAGAUGCGGAGCGAAUAAAAGUGUCAAACUUAAAUCGAACUA